AUGCGUUUUCUCAAUGCCGCAGCACUUGCGCUGGCCGCUUGCGUUCUAGGAGCUGGCACAGCGUUGUCGGCUGACGAGCCCGACCUGAUUUUCAAAAAAUCUACCGUUUGGAAACUUCUCACGCCCGAUCACAAGCUGGCAACCUACGCGAUCGACGAUCCGCUUGUGGAGGGUGUUUCCUGUCACUUUACCGUCCCGGAAAAGGGCGGUGUUUCCGGAUGGCUCGGUGUCGCGGAGGAGGUUUCUGACGUUUCUCUGGCCUGUCGUCAGGUCGGUCCGGUGACAAUCAAGGAAGAGUUCGAGCAGGGCGAGGAAAUGUUCCGCCAGCGUCGCUCGCUCGUGUUCAAAAAAAUGCGCAUCGUGCGUGGAUGUGAUGCCAAGCGGAAUGUGCUGGUUUAUCUGGUUUAUUCGGACAAGUUGAUUGAGGGCAGUCCGAAGAAUUCAACGUCGACCGUUCCGCUCAUGCCCUGGGGCGACAAGGAGCCGCCAAAGUGCGGUGACUACGUGACGGACUGA